AUGAAGCACUUUCCUGCUUUUACCAAGAAUAAGCCAAUAAAGGAUGCACGCAGGCAAUCAAUUAAUAAUAAGGAUUUGGCUAAAGAGCUUAGGCAGAUAUGCUAUGACUCCAGCAAAUUCAAAGAUAAUUUGAAAAUUAAAAGGAAAAGUACUAUAUUUAAGUGGGAUAUCAAAAAGCCAUUAGUGAAAGCACCUGAGGCAUUCAGAAAAAGCCUUCCCGAGAAUUUAUCAACUGGGGACCUUGACGGAUGGCCUUCCAUAACUAUGCUUAAUGCUAAGUCUGAUUUUGUAAUGGACUUGUGCAAGCAAGAGAAUAUCAUGGAUACUAUAUUCAAGACACAAGGAACGCCCAGAACAAACUUUGAAAUUCCUCAACUGCAAAAGAAUAAGUGGUUGGUUAGUUCUAAAAACCUGCUAAAAUCAAAAGCUGCAGUAGAGAAGUAAGGAAGUUGAGGCUAUUUACUCUAAACUUCUUCAGAGAGAAAACCUUCGCAGUUAUUAUCAGCCUAGCCAGGCUGAGGUUUCUACCCUAGAAAAUGACCUUAAAGUUCUUAUUUUGAAAUACAGGAAUAUCACCAGGGAAUACCUAAUUACUGCAAGAGAACUUCUUGAUAAAGAGCAGUAUGAGACUUGCAUUAUGAAGAUACAUUCGAUAAUAGAGAUUUCUCUCACAGCCUCUGACCUUGAUUCAUUGAAGAAAGCUCAUUUUUUAGCAGGCUGUGUCUUUGUAGACAAAGGGAAUCCCCGAGAAGCUCUCCUACAUUAUCAAUACUUGCGAAACAUAGUUGAAGCAACUAAAGAUAAUAUUCUUAAAUGCCAUGUUUAUACUGAAAUGGGCCUUUGAUACCAACACUUGAAGGAGUAUAAAUAAAGCAGUGAGAUGUUUCAAGAAGCUACUUGAAACAUCAUGGAAAAUGGAAGACAAAUUCCAAGAAGCAAGAGCUUUUGACUACCUCGGCGUACAAUACUUCUACCUUGGUAACAUUGAAAAGUCUAAGUACUAUCAUUCAAGAUGGCUAAAUGGAAGUUAUGAGCCAAAUACUUCGAAUAUUCGGAAGGUAUACUCAAGUAUAUCUAAGCGAAAAUUCAAUUACCCAAUUACUAAAGAAAGCAAGUUAUAUUUUGAGCUCGAAAGUGUAGAAAGCUUAUACUCAGAUCCAUCUUUUAUAAAGCUCAGGACUAUUAUCUUAGAGACUCCUUUACUCUAUACAAAUACAUUAAAGAAAACAGGGACUAACAAGAUACUACCAAGCGUAAUGAAAUCCCCAAGAGCUAGAAAGAAGGAAGCAGCUGGAAAGGCUUCUGGUUUAUUCAGAAAGCUUUCUUUGAUAACGAAGUUUGUAAAACACGAGAAGUACAAACCAGUUGAGAAGAUUUAUAGAGAAGCUGUUCUUAACAAGAAAGCUCCACUGAUCCGGCAACAAACACCUAUUUCUCAGAUAAAUGAUAAGGAUUUACCUUCUCCUAGAGGGAAGACUGCUCUUGAGCUGAAGAAUGAAGAGAAAGAGCAUCAAAUCACAGUUGAUUUCUUCAAGAAGCACUAUAAGCCUAUAAAUUUUAACAAGAUCUUGGGUGGAGAUUUUGUAAGCCUAUCUAACAAGAAGACAAAGAAGGAGAAGGUAUUCAAAAAUCCUAAGAAGUCCGAGGUCUCUCUAAAUGAAAUCUCUAAGUCAAUUAAGAUCGAGAAUAUUAUCAGCAAAGCUAAAGGGAAAGCUAAAAAUACUGAUAGUGGGAUUACUAUUAGUCAUCUGAGUCCGGUCAGAGGAAUCAGAGGGGACCUAACUCAGGUCACACCUUGUGAGUCAGACCAAAGCACCAAAAAGCAUACUAAGAGUAUAAUGAGAAGAUAUACUUCAAUGUUUCUACUCUAA